CGCUCCGACAUCCCGCAUUGGCCCCCGAUUCCAAAUUUCUCUCCACGCGUCGCUCUGCCUGAGGAUCACCACGGAUCUGUGCAAACAGGAGCGCUGCAACGGAUCCAGCUUCAUCCGCAUUCUCCUCCGUAGCGUAGCAUGAUCGCAUACCACGUGGCAGCCCGUGCGAUGCAGGUGGCGAUAGCCAAAUGGAUCACAGGAAUCCAUACCGCCUCGCGCCGCCGCAGAUUUGACUCGUGCCGAGUCGUAAUUCCUCUGACUCGCCCUUUUAUAUUUCCUUCCGUCCGCCGUCGCCGCCACCAGAGCCAGAGGAGUCCGGUUUUCUCCUUUCGAAGCUGUCCGAUGGCCCCUGGUUUUUCGCUCCGCCGCCCUCUAUAUGUCCCUACCCAACACUUCAUCCUCAUCCGAUCCGAUUUCUGUUCUAGGCGAUAUUUUGGUAGCCGGAAUCAAAGGGCCGGGCGCCGGAAGAUCGUGAUGAAAGAGGGAGUGAAGCGACAGGCGACGGCAAAGAGGAAGCAAGGGUGCGUCCGCCGGCGAACCCGGAGGCGCGUACAGUCGGCCUCCAGCGCCAUCCAGCGCCUCUUCUUGGCCUGCAAGGCGGUGUUCAAGGGCCCCGGGACAGUGCCGGGGCCGGCCGACGUCCGAAAGCUACGGCUUAUUUUAGACAAAAUGGGACCUGAAGAUAUCGGACUAAGCACGGACAUACUCUUCUUCAGAGAUGGCGAUCACAUUUCCAACAGAACUUCGAGGAUCGCAUAUGCCACCAUUUACAACUGCGAUAACUUCUCGAUAUGUGUAUUCUUCUUACCUCGAGCAGCAGUUAUACCUCUCCACGACCACCCUGGAAUGACUGUCUUCAGUAAACUUCUCCUGGGAACAAUGCACAUAAAGUCCUACGACUGGCUCGAUCCUGUUACAUCCUCUGAUAGAUAUAUGAGACCAGCUGAGUUGAUUGUGGACUCUGAUUUCACUGCUCCUUGCAAGGCGUCUGUUCUUUAUCCAGCAACUGGGGGAAACAUUCACGCAUUCACAGCGAUCACUCCGUGCGUCGUGCUUGAUGUUUUAGGGCCUCCUUACACUAAAGAAGACGGGCGAGAUAUUACGUACUACAGGGAUUAUUAUUCAAACAAUUCUCGUGUUGGAUGGCUGGAAGAAGUGGACAUUUCCAAGGAUUUGAAGAUGGAUGGCGUAGAAUAUUUAGGUCCCCAUGUCAUUGAUGGCCAAUGACAGCUUAGAGCAGCAAAGCCAUGCAAUUUUCUGUUUUUUCAUUAGGAAAAGUUUAUUAAGAGAAGGGGGAAAGGGACGAAGUAAAGUAUUUAACUUCUCUUUCUUAAGAAGGAAAGAAAGAUUUAUUAAUAUAAAGUAUGUUAGAGGGUGUUUGGUUAAAUUUAUUAAA